GUAAUUGUGAUCUGUUUGCUAGUAUCAAGGGGUCUUUAUGUAGAAACCUCCAUGAACUAUAAUUGUUUUUUUUAAUGGUUUUUCCGCUUCUCAUAGCUGCUCUUUUCGUACCUUACGUAUAUCUGGUGCCAAAUUAUUGCCCCUUUUCUUUGAUAUUAGUGUUGGCUAUCUUUGUGGUAUCGAUUGUACUAGUUCGUCAAGAGGGAUGGACAAGUGAAAUGAGGGAAAACGAUUCGAUUGACAAAAAAGAAGAGUAGCCUCCUUAGAACCUGACAAAGUCAUUAUCAAUGAAUUUUUCGAGCAAUUCUCAACCAACAUAUGUUAUUCAUUCCUGUAAAGAUUAUAACACAUAAGAAGACCCUUUAUCGCUCGGUGGGGAGCGGGAUGAGUGAUACAUCUGGCGAACGCUGGUGAAGAACGCAAGCAAACAUCCUUGGGUGCUUUUGUUUAAUUCAUUAUAUGUCAAUAUGCCCUGCAAAUUCAUCUUGAUAGGGGGUGUGACUAAGAAUUAAACAUAUGUGCCUCUUCUUAUGCUUUACACAAUUUGUUGGAUGUUGCAUUUGUAGAAUAAUUAGUUACGGGAGGAGUUUUGAUUGUGUGACCAUUUCGUUUAAAAGCUUAAAUUGUUACAGAGAACACAUUUUUAGUUACAUUGUAUUGUAUCGUCAGCGCUCUCAUUCAUCUAUUUGGUUAAGUCAUGAGUAGGUUAUAUAUUUUGAGUAAUUCCUCCAUUGCAUUUUUUAGUGGAUUGUACACUAUGGCUUGUAAAGGUUCUCUGAUUUGCUAUACACAAUUUUACUUCAAUAUUUUGAUGAGUUUUGUCUGGCAUAGUAGCUCGACUCCGUUUCUUAUAGGACCAUUCCUUGACUAAGAGUUAUACGUGAAUGGCGAAAAGAUUAAUAAAGAAAUGACGAUUUUCAAAGAACGUGAUCAAGUUAUAUAGGUUCAGGCCUUUGAAAUGCACAGACACUGUUACUUGUUAAGAUCAGCAUGAUUAGUGGUUGGAAUUUGCAAAAUGGUUGUCAUUCCAGUCCUUGGUCAACUAGCUGAUGAGUACGGGCGUAAACCUCUACUUCUUUUAAUCGUAUCUACUGCUAUUUUUCCCAGUGCUAUAUUGGCUAUAGACGAGUCGAAAGGAUUUGUCUAUGCUUAUUAUGUGCUGCGGAUGAUUUCUCAUAUCAUGAGUCAAGGAAGUAUUUUCUGCAUUUCUGCAGCUUAUGCAGCAGAUAUUCUUGAUGGUAGAAGCAGGGCUGCAGCUUUCGGUUGGAUGCAUGGAAUUUUAUCUUUAUCGCAUGUUUUGGGAAACUUUCUUGCUCGUUUACUUCCUGGAACCUACAUAUUCGAGGUUUCGGUGGCACUUUUGAUCAUUGCUCCAAUGUACAUGCUAAUCUUUCUUACCGAGACAGUUAAGUUAACUCCAGACGUUAACCAACAUUUACGUUGGUCAAGCAAGGCAUACCAACUUGUUCAGGAUCGGUAUAGCUCAAUGAGAUACGCAUUACAUGUGGUAACAAGCAGUUCAACUCUCAAGUGCAUUUGUCUUGUUUCGUUCUUCUAUGACAUGGGAAUGUCUGGUAUCAGCAGUGUAUUAAUGUACUAUCUGAAGUCAGCAUUUGAUUUCAACAAAAACCAAUUCUCGGAAAUUCUGAUGAUGGUGGGAGUAGGUUCAAUUAUCACUCAGAUGCUGGUUUUUCCUCUAGUCAACCCAUUAGUUGGAGAAAGAGUGGUACUCAGAAUCGCCUUGCUUGCAUCAAUCACAUACGCAUUGCUUUACGGCUUAGCAUGGGCAUCGUGGGUGCCUUACUUUGGUGCUUUAUUUCGGAUGGUUUAUAUACUAGAGCGCCCUUCUACUAAUGCUCUUGUAUCUAAAGCAUCAAGCUCAUCUGAUCAGGGCAAAACUCAAGGAGUAGUUGCUGGUGCAGAAGCAAUUGGAAGUUUUCUAGCCCCUCUUGUAAUGAGUCCAUUGACCUCUUGGUUCUUGUCUAGCAAUGCACCUUUCAACUGCAAAGGUUUCAGCUUGAUCUGUGCAGCUUUUGCUUUGGCGAUGGCAUUUUAUUUUGCUUGGAUACUACCAGAAGCACCAUCAACACAUGAAGAAAACGGAGAAAGCAUGGAAACGCCGCUUCUAGCAUAAAUAUAAGACAAUUUUUUCGGUGAUGAAUUCUGUUGAUAUAAGAGAAGAUUGUAUAGUUGAGUGACAAAAUGAGAAACUCGCAAAGGUCACAUGCUAGGAUUUGAGAUAUGACAUUUUAACUAGUGUUUUUUAUUUUUUGAAUCUGUUUUGUAAAUUUCUGGCUCGUCCAUAAAAAUAAUAUUUAUAAAAUGAAUAUUGUAAAUGUUCUAUACCUUGUGUAAUUGUAACUAUUUGGAUUGAAAUGAAAGGGAAGAUUUUUUUAA